GUCGUCCUUUGAAUACCUCCAUAUCAAGGUCCUAACUUUGUAGUCGUCCUUUGAAUCGAAUUACGGUGAAACGACCUCGUAUUUGUAGCCACAACCACAACUCAGCUUCCGUUGUCCAUAUAUUUCGGCAACUGGCGAGGACUUCUCUUCAACCAUCCCGGCCCCAGGUACUAGAAAAAACUCCCAGUAGAGUCCACCGCCGCCGAGGAAGGUUUUCCAGGAUUAUAUUCUCUUAUUCCGUUUUGCUUUUGACCCGUUGUUCCCUCCCUCAUCAGUCAGUCUUUCUAUUUUCUCUCACGCCGCUCCGUUUCUGCCGGCAGCCGCCCUUGUCUGCCUCCGUCGUUGUUCGCAUUUCCUUUUUCCCCAACCUGUAUUCCUCCCAAGCGCUGCACCAGUGCAAAGUCUGGCGGGGAGAGGAAAACCGACAUAGAAGAAAUAAAAAUAGCAACUCUACACCACAAAUUCCAACAAGAGUACGUCCCCUCUGGCUCCAUUCCUCAAUUAACUUUCUCCGUUACGUUCAUUCUUCGGGAGCCAGACCGCCGAGCCCCUCCCUCCACGCAGCUGGGUGUCACUUCCCUAGCAGCUCCUGUUUAAAUUAAAAUGAGGAAGGAUCGUGAGGAGAUGACUUUGGGUGGACCUAGACGGAGUAAAUCAUUGAACCGAGCAAGCAGUGUUAAGUCAUCUUUAAGAAGACAUUCUUUCGGUUCCUUCCAUGUUUCACACAACCAGGGAGAUGAUGAUACAGAAAGUGAGGCAGUUUCAGAGGCCGGAGAUAUAGGGGAUCGUGCACUUCACAGCAGAAGAUCUUCAGAAAGCGGUAGGGGUCGAAUCUCCAUUGAUAAUGUGGUAGAAAGUGGUGUUAUUGUUCCCAUUCUUGAGGAUGCUUCCUUGCAACCUACUGGUUUCUCUCCUCAUAAAACGACUACAUUUAAUACGGAAUCUGCCUUGCCAUCUUCAACUUUGGACAUUGCAUUGGGGAGUUCUGCUGAUGGAACUGCUCAACUAGAAGAUAAAAAGAAUGAAAAUGAGAAAGCAAUACCGUGGAUAUUGGAGUACAUUUCAUGCCUAUCAUUUCUUGCUUUAUUUGGAAUUCUUGGGGUGAUCACAAGGUUUUAUCUCCAGAAACUAUUUGGACCUAGAGUUAUUGGUGCUACAACUGACCAGAGCUACAUGUAUCCCGAUCUUCCUUCAAACAUGGUUGGUUCAUUCUUGAUGGGUUGGUUUGGCGUUGUUUUCAAAGGAGACAUAUCUGAAGUUUCAGAUAAUUUGGCGAUUGGGUUGACAACUGGUUUUCUAGGAAGCCUUACGACAUUCAGUGGCUGGAACCAAAAGAUGCUUGAUCUCAGUGUUCGAGGUCAUUGGGUAUUUGCAAUACUUGGCAUCUUAAUAGGUUUGUUCCUUGCUGCUUACUCGAUCAUUUUUGGGAUUGAAACUGCCAAAGGUUUCAAAUGGCUUAAGAAAAGGUUUAUUAGAGAAAUGAAAUUCUUCAGUUCCAUAUACUCUUGGGAUUUGGAUCAGUACAAUACCUACUUGACGGGUACAGUGGUGCUGCUUUUGAUCCUUGGUGUUGUUUGGGGUGUGUGUAUAGCUUUCACGAAGAAGCAGUUCUACAGUGACCACAGUCACGCUGAGCUGUUAUUGGGUUGCAUUGUUGGGCCAUUUGGUGUUUGGAUAAGAUGGUUCUUAGCUCGUCUGAAUGGACGUGGCUUAGGGAAAAAACCUGUAUUAAGAUGGGUUCCUUUCGGUACUCUGGCUGCCAAUAUCCUUGCUGCUGCUGUAAUGGCUGCACUGGCAACGCUUAAAAAAGCGGUGAAUACGGAUAAAUGUAAUACGGUUGCAACAGGUAUACAGCUUGGAUUUCUAGGCUGUCUAAGCACUGUGUCAACAUUUAUUGCUGAGUUCAAUGCUAUGAGACAAAGCAGUCACACUUGGAGGGCAUAUGCAUAUGCAACGAGUACUAUAGUAAUAUCUUUUGCUUUGGGUACCUUGAUUUACUCCGUGCCUGUUUGGGUAAAGGGAUAUGAUUAGCAUUUUGGGCUAGUUAAUAUUGGGGUGGAGCUACCAGGGGUCAUGUUCAUAAUGGAAGUUCCUUGAGAGGCUAUGUGGGUAAAUUAAAGACUCCCAUCUCACCCUGGGGUUGAUGCAUUGGGGAUCGAACACGACUGUUAUUCCUGUGAUGAUCCUGGCUUCCUAUUCUUGCUGCUGUUUGGAAGGGUCCUGUUCUGUGUGUUCUAGAGAUGCAUAAAGUUGCACGUGGCAACAAGCAGUUCAGCAAUUCAUGAAAGCAACAUGGCUAUAUUUUUGGUGAUUGCAUAUCAACUUCUGGGCUGCGUUGUUGGUUACGAAAGCUGUAUGGUUCUACCUGUGAUGUAAUAUUAUUACCCAGUGGCAUCUGGUGCCAAAAGAACCUUUGUUCAUGUGAUCAUGGAUAUAAAAAUUCCGAUCAGUGGACUGGCUGUUAUCUAUCUAAUAUAAAAAGAAUGACAGAUGGAAAAAUCAUGCACCUGGAAAAAGUAUUCAUUUUAUUGUUAGGAGGGAAAGGAAACAGAUGAAAGGGAUGAUAUGUGCAUUUGAAACAAUUAAGGAUGAAUCGUAUCACACCCGUUUGUUUAA